AUGACUGACGUUAAAUUCACUUAUGAUAAGUCGAAGGGAUUGCUAUUGAAUAACAUUAACAUGUCUUUCCCCAGAAGUGCUAUUUACGGACUUCUGGGUCCGAGUGGUUGCGGAAAGACAACACUAAUCAAACUGAUUGUCGGCCGACUCUCGCCGUCGAGCGGAACCGUUCGCCUCAACGGUCGGCCGCAGAGCGACCCAAACAACAGAAUACCCGGCGUUGGCGUCGGAUAUAUGCCUCAGGAAAUAUGUCUUAACGGAGACUUCACUAUAUAUGAGACGUUAAACUAUUUCUCAAAGAUCUAUGGAUUGCCAGAGGAUUACAAGAAACAGAGAAUCGAUUUUCUCAUCAAAUUCCUCGAUCUUCCGGACCGGAACCGAUUGGUUGGAGUCCUUAGUGGCGGUCAAAAGCGCAGAGCAUCGCUAGCGGUGGCCAUCAUUCAUAAGCCGCCGCUUCUCAUACUCGAUGAGCCAACUGUUGGCGUCGAUCCAGUGCUCAGAGAGAGAAUUUGGGAACAUUUGCUGAAUCUAUCAAAAGAAGAGAAGACAUCAAUUAUGAUAACAACUCAUUACAUCGAAGAGUGUCGUCGCGCGCACGCAAUCGCACUCAUGAGGAACAGUAAGAUUCUGGUGGAGAACUCGCCGCACAUCCUAUUGACACACUUCGGGACCGACAACUUGGAGGACGUCUUUCUAAAGGUGUGUCGCGCCGAAGACGAGAAACUGGUCGGCGUUUCUAUGCCUCCAACGAUGGCCAGCAUGAAAGCCAACGCACAAAAUGGCCAACACUUGCAGUCCAUAACCACCGGUCAGACAACCAAAGUCUCGCAUUCGACUAAUACUGUCCAGAGAUUCGGCGCUUUGAUUGAGAAGAACUUCAUUAGUCUUUAUCGACAGAAAAUGCAAUUCUUAAUACAGAUAGUGAUGCCAAUGAUAGGCAUCGCGUUGUUCUGCGCCUGUAUUGGGGGUAAACUCCGGGACUUAGACGUUGUCGUCUAUAAUGAAGACUCUCCCGCGACUUUGAGCGAAAUAUUUCUCAAUCAUAUCGAUAACAAAACUAUACUUUGGAAUCGAUUCGCCGACAACGGGUCCGCCUAUAACGAGGUUAAAGUGGGCAACGCUUACGGCGAACUGGUCUUCGGUCCCAACUUCACGGCUGCUCUAAUGGCGAGAGCGUUGGCUCCCAAUCUCCAGGUGUCCGACGAGACCAUAGCGAUGAGUACUGCCAUGUUUUACGCCGAUCUGACCGGUAAUGACCACUAA